CCAUCUUUUCAUCUGAUUUCAGUUGAACAUUGAGUGGGUGAGGGCACAGGGAAGUCACGGUGGGGUCCUUGGAAAGGCGUUUACAAAGCAAGAGGGAGUUUUGAUUCUUCAACUCAGCAACCCUGGCAGGGUGGAUGAGGUGGAGCUGGCCUUCCUGGAAUUGUCGCGUCGAUUUUCCUGUUGUGUUUCACUGUUGACGCUCUCACAGACACACAGGACCGCUCCAGCACUGCCUGCCACCCACCAUCUGGUCUCGGUGGCCUGUCUGUCAUUUUGUGGGUUCCCAUCCUCUGCCUACGGCGAUGUUUCUUCAAAAAGAACUAGGGUGCAGUCCAUUGAUAGCUGAUCAGCUUCCUUGGAAUUUGCUGAUGACCCAGGAGAGCUUUGCCUGAAGAUGGAAACACUGGAGUCAGAGCUGACCUGCCCUAUUUGUCUGGAGCUCUUUGAGGACCCUCUCCUGCUACCCUGUGCACACAGCCUCUGCUUCAACUGUGCCCACCGUAUCCUGGUGUCACACUGUGCCACCAACGAGUCUGUGGAGUCUAUCACCGCCUUCCAGUGCCCUACCUGCCGACAUGUCAUCACGCUCUGCCAGCGAGGUCUAGACGGGCUCAAGCGCAACGUCACGCUGCAGAAUAUCAUCGACAGGUUUCAGAAGGCAUCCGUGAGCGGACCCAAUUCCCCCAGUGAGACCCGCCGAGAGCGGGCAUUUGACGCCAACGCCAUGACCUCUGCCGAGAAAGUCCUCUGUCAGUUCUGUGACCAGGAUCCAGCCCAGGACGCUGUGAAGACCUGUGUCACUUGCGAAGUGUCCUACUGUGACGAGUGCCUGAAAGCCACUCACCCCAACAAGAAGCCCUUUACAGGCCAUCGUCUGAUUGAGCCAAUUCCGGACUCGCACAUCCGGGGGCUGAUGUGCCUGGAGCACGAGGAUGAGAAGGUGAAUAUGUACUGUGUGACCGAUGACCAGUUAAUCUGUGCCUUGUGUAAACUGGUUGGGCGGCACCGAGAUCAUCAGGUGGCAGCUUUGAGUGAGCGCUAUGACAAAUUGAAGCAAAAUUUAGAGAGUAACCUCACCAACCUGAUCAAGAGGAAUACAGAACUGGAGACCCUUUUGGCUAAACUCAUUCAAACCUGUCAGCAUGUUGAGGUCAAUGCAUCACGUCAAGAAGCCAAAUUGAUGGAGGAGUGUGAUCUCCUCAUUGAGAUCAUUCAGCAAAGACGGCAAAUUAUUGGAACCAAGAUCAAAGAAGGGAAGGUGAUGAGGCUUCGCAAGCUGGCUCAGCAGAUUGCAAACUGCAAACAAUGCAUUGAGCGGUCGGCAUCACUCAUCUCCCAAGCGGAACACUCUCUCAAGGAGAAUGACCAUGCGCGGUUCCUACAGACUGCUAAGAAUAUCACUGAGAGAGUCUCCAUGGCAACUGCUUCAUCCCAGGUCCUAAUUCCUGAAAUCAACCUCAACGACACAUUUGAUACUUUUGCCUUAGAUUUUUCCCGAGAGAAGAAAUUGCUCGAAUGUCUGGAUUAUCUUACAGCUCCCAACCCUCCUACAAUUAGAGAAGAGCUCUGCACGGCUUCCUAUGACACCAUCACUGUUCACUGGACCUCUGAUGAUGAAUUCAGUGUGGUGUCCUACGAGCUCCAGUACACCAUAUUCACCGGACAAGCCAAUGUUGUUAGUCUGUGUAACUCAGCCGAUAGCUGGAUGAUCGUGCCCAACAUCAAGCAGAACCACUACACUGUGCAUGGUCUGCAGAGCGGCACCAAGUACAUCUUCAUUGUCAAGGCCAUCAACCAGGCAGGCAGCCGCAGCAGUGAGCCCGGGAAGUUAAAGACAAACAGCCAACCAUUUAAACUGGACCCCAAAUCUGCACAUCGAAAGCUAAAGGUGUCCCAUGAUAACUUGACAGUAGAACGUGAUGAGUCAUCAUCCAAAAAGAGUCACACGCCUGAACGCUUCACCAGCCAAGGGAGCUAUGGCGUAGCUGGAAACGUGUUCAUUGAUAGUGGCCGGCAUUACUGGGAAGUGGUCAUAAGUGGAAGCACAUGGUAUGCCAUUGGCCUUGCUUACAAAUCAGCCCCGAAGCACGAGUGGAUUGGGAAGAACUCUGCUUCCUGGGCACUGUGCCGCUGUCACAAUAACUGGGUGGUGAGACACAACAGCAAGGAAAUCCCCAUUGAGCCAGCCCCCCACCUGCGGCGCAUCGGCAUACUGCUGGACUAUGAUAAUGGCUCCAUCGCUUUCUACGAUGCUUUGAACUCCAUGCACCUCUACACCUUCGACAUCACAUUCUCGCAGCCUGUGUGCCCCACCUUCACCGUGUGGAACAAAUGUUUGACCAUUAUAACUGGUCUUCCCAUCCCAGACCAUCUGGACUGCACAGAGCAGCUGCCAUGAGCACCUGGCCAUGUGGAGCUACUUUCUGGGGAAUAGAAAGGGUGGUGGCCACCAUUUAGGGGACAGAAAGCACAAGCUUCCAGAGUGAUUAAAUCUCACCAAAAAAGUGUCCAGAAAUCAGCUAAGAUAGGACUAAAACAUGCGAUUCCCCACUCUCCCUUUUACUGUGUUUUGUGUUAAGUACAGGCUUUAAUAAUUUCUUCAAUUUUUUUGUAUUUACAGGAAAAUUUAUAGAUUAUUUAUAAAAGAAACAUAACCAGAAUUACACCUCUUAGGAACUUUUUGGUUUUGCACAAUAAGAGGCCCAUACGUUGAGCAGCUCUUUACAGCCUUUAUUUCUUCACAGUCUAUAACAGUGCAAACAGAAUAUGCAACUACUUUAAAAAUAAAACAUAGCUUUGAACCUCGUAGGGAAGUAACUGGGCUUUCUUACUCUGGCUUAUUUUGAGGUGUUUUAAAUGUGAUGUCACAAGCUUUUAUUGGAUCAACUCAAAUGGAGAGCGAAAGAGAGAAUGGAAAGAAUUGACUUUGGAGCUUGGAAUCUGCCAUGGCUAAAUCCUUAAUUACCCUCUGAUGGCUAGUGGGAUAAUGUUGGAAAGAAAGGUUCUGAAACCUUUGGCCAUGUUUUACCCUGCUUUUCCCAGGACGAAGGAUUCUGGGAGAACAUUAAGAAUGAGAUUGCAAUUGAAAAUCAUCACUUUGAAUCCUACUGGUUAUUCCAAAAUUCAAGCUGAUUUGUGUUUUAUCCGAAGUAGGGUUCUAUUUCAUGAUAUAAAUUUUUCACUCUUUUUUUUAAUAGUUUCUUUAGGUUUGUGAAAUUUCUUCACUACAUUUAUAGUUGUCCUCUUUCCCCCACCCAAAUCAUUUUUCUUUUGUCACCGGGGCUGAGGAAAUAAACAUUUUCUGUCACAAAUGACAGCAUCACUGUGGAUUGAUUUUGCUCUCCAGGACAUCAACACAUGGCCCCAACUGCCACUAUCAUGUCCAAAUAUAAGACCCGAAAAACACUUAAUAUUUAUGAGUUGGUAAUGACAAGGGACGUUGCAUAAAGUACUAUUCACUAGUAUACGUGCCUCAAAAGUUAUUAUAAACAGACCUUUAUUAAACACAUCUUGAGAGAUGUAGAAUUCCCUCUGUAUAUUCUAGAAUAGUUUACCAUAGAGUUGUAAGACAAAAAAAAAAUCAAACUUGCUGUUCUCACGUUGGAACCUGCCAAUACAACCUGCUAAUAGAAUAUCAGAUGGGAUUGUUGACAUGCUGAUCUGACACGUCAGAAUGGUCCAUGAAGUAAGGCUUUCUCAAGCAGUCCUUGGACCGGGAAUCUGGCAUUGGUUCUACCUUGACAAAGGGCAUGACAUCUAUAAGUCAUUUCAUUUGCUACAAUAUUUAUCUGGGCUACUAGGUCGGCCAUUUUGACUGAACAGGCUGGUGGGUUUAGGCAUUGGUUUUAGUGAUUUUGUUGCUAACCAAAUCAACCAAUUGUUCCCCUGAAAUCCGUCCAUAGACCCGCAUCACAUUGCGUGAUUUUUGAGUCUAGAUUUCAUGGGUGGCUUCCCAGUGCUUCUGUCCUAUUCACUGGCAGAUGCUUUCCUUUUUCAUAACAGAUAGAGUCUAUAUAUUUACUAUAUUAUUUAUACCCAGAUGAAUAUUUUGAUAGCUACUUAGGACAAUUUCACAUCUAAAAGACGGACACCUCAAUGGAAAAAAAAACAUUCUCUGGAAACUUAAUGGGAUUUUUUUUUUUACAAUAUAAAAACAAUGUGUAUUUGCCUUCCCUGAAUAAACUGAAAGGGUUGUCUCAGUAAUUUUUACAUACUGUUUUUGGUAGCUGGGUAAUGGCUAUUUUAAUGCACUUUGUACAUUAACAGGUUUUAAAUAAAAGAGUCUAAAACUCAGCUUCUGAGUUGUUUUAAACCAUGGUCUCCAGGUACCAAUAAAUGCUACAGUUUGCCUUAUGAUGUUAAUGCAAAAGCAUUUACCAGAAGGACAAUAUUUCCGUGAAUAUAAUGUUUUUCAAUAUAAAGCAGUUACUACUCAAAUUUUCACUGUAAGCCUUUUAGGUUAUGUUUUGACUAUUUUUAUAAGGACAAGAGGGAUUAUGUUAUAAUUUUGUUGUGGAAGUCUCACUCUUUGCUAACUUAAAAACACUGUGGAUAGUAGCAGUUACUAUGUCCAUGUUGUCAUAUUUACAAGAAAAUAUGUAUAUGGUGAAAGGCCACAUUGUUUACUUUCAUUACUGUAAUGAUGUAGAAAAGAUUUCCAUGUGGAUUUUUUUGAAAGUCUGAAAAAUAUACACUAUAUACAUUUGCUGCAGUACAAUUCUUUAAAUGGAUUGGGGUCACAGUAUUUUGUUUUUGAGAUCCUUACUUAACAGGAAGCAUUGCGAUUUGGGAGAGAAAGAGAUGGCGGUGCCAAUUAAAGUAAUACAACAAAAUUGAAGCAGUGCCAACCCAGGCUGCCAGGUCCGACAUCAUGGUUGUGUGAACAGUGCUGUCACCAUCUUGAAAUUCUUAGUACUUUUUGAACAAAGGGCCUGCGUUUUCAUUUUGCACUGGGCUUCACAAAUUACACAGCCAGUCCUCCUAACAAAACUCAGAAAUGCGGUACCUCUCUUCCUGGUGGAUACAAAUGAAGAAACCUGGGUCCAAUGUCAAAAGUGGCUGGCCAUAUAAUUCAUGUAGGAAGCUAAAUGGAUUUAAAUGAGAAUGGGCCUGCGUGAAGAUUUUCUUUACGGAUUUAAAAGAAAAUGACUUCAAAAACUGAUUGCAAAUAUUGAUGAUGGUUUCUGCUGGAGAAAAGGAAAAGGCCAGAUGACCAACAGGCAUUUUUAUUAUAGUACUGGUAUAUUGACCUAAACUUCUUGAGGAACUGAACCAAUGCCCUCCAGUGAACGUGGAAUUCCAUUUUGGCUCCAGGCACAUGCAUUGUCUGCAGAGACACGUAUAUAUGCUCACUUAGAUGUGCUUUUGGUGUUGGGAAAUUGAUCAUCUAUCUGGUCUACCCUUAUGUUAAAAGGAAUACAAAGACAAUGAUGGGGGCAAGAGGAUGUUUU